AGAGACCAAAUCACAGAUCUUUUAUUGAUCAUUGUUAAAGGUUUUAUUGAAUGUUCUACUUACUCUAUAAUGGCGCAAGCAACGAAUUUACUGAAUAUAAAUGUGGAUAAACUUUUUGAGCAGCAUAGCGUUGCCGAGAUUGAUCAAAUUCAUAAACAACUCCAAGCAGAAGUUGAACUGAAACGUGAAGAACUUCGGACCAUGGUUGGAGAACGUUAUCGGGAUCUACUUAAGGCUGCGGACACUAUCGGUGAUAUGAAAACUACGGCCAAUUCCAUCAUAGGCAACAUUGAUAACAUCACUGCUGCUUGUCGACAGCUUAAUGAACACCAAUUGAUUGGAUUUCGAUCGGAAAUUCAAAAGAAAAAUAUUAAUAACAAAUUUUAUGGAAUUGUUGUUCAAAUCAAACUACUCACAAGCCUACCGGAGAUGAUAUGGAGUGCCAUCGACAACGAAGAUUACUUUGUCGCGACACAACUGUUUAUUUUUUCAAGGCAUAUCUCUACGGGACUGCAGUUGGAUUCAAAUAGUGAAAUAAUGACCAAGUUUGCAGUUGCCAAAAAACAAUGGAUAGUAUUGAGCCAAUUCUUUUUCACCAUCAAACAGAACUGCACCAACUGUCUCGAACGGGAAGACUUGACGCCGGAAGUUGCGGCCAAAUGCUUGGCUAGCUUACUAUUACUAGAAAAUUGUCAGUUAGACCAAGUUUUGACGGGAUUUGUUCAGAUGCGCUUGAAAGCAUUCUCAGGCGUUCUUUCUGAUAGUUCAAGACACGAAAAAGUCAAAGAUAAAAUUGUAGCCAGUUUGAGGUUACUCAUGAACACGGUCGAAUUGAUUUAUAGAUGUUUCAUAGACACUGAACAAGAACCAGGACUUCUCAAAGUGGAAUUAACUUCUGUGACAGAUGAGAGCUCGGUCCCAACAAUCAGCCUAAUAAGAACGGAAGACCCGAAAAUAAUCCAAACGUUGCCGGACAUAAUCUGCAAAUUUAGACCAAGGCUACAAUUGCACCCGUUGAGCUCGGAGUUGGUACGAGAUAGGUCUCAAUUUUGGUUACAAAGUGUCGAAAAAAUAACUUCAAGCCAGUUGGUUUCAUUUAUGAACUUAGUUCCUUCUAUAAAGACUCUGAAUGACAUUAGAAGGCUUUGUCAAGAGGCGGCCAAAAAACCGGAGCAGUGGAAUGAAACUUGUAAGACAUUAUCUCUUCCGGAAUCAUUAGAUUUUUACAAUCGUUUCUAUCAACCGCUGAUUGACGCUCGAGCAAAAUCUAUUAUUGAAGCGAGUUGGUCAGAGACUGUCCAAACCAAUUGUAAUGACAUUCUUGAACUAGUAAGGUCCACGACUACCGACAAAUCCUUCAAGAGUAUGAAAUCGUUCGUGUGGACUGAGUCAGCCAGCGAUGACCCUAUGAACUUGAAAGACGCACUCGAUCGCUCAAAACUGACCUCCCAUCAGUUGCUGAUGAAAACAAAAGCAUUUCCUCCCGCGCUUGUGAAACAUACUGAAUUGCUAGAUCAACGCGUUCAAACUUUGUCUAAGGAUGUAUCUUUCUUCCUGGAAACUUGCAAUGCUUCGGAAUCGGAUCAGUUUACUGCUUUCUAUAGUGAGAUAAGUGUUGACAGCAUUUCGCAACUGAUAACGUCAAUUAAAUCAGCCAAAUAUGAGUACUCGUUGGAUAGUUUGAUUUUACUCGCACGGUUGUUAGUCGCUUUCAAAGAACUUUGUCCUUCUCUGAAGCAAUGUGUUAUUCCUGCAAAGUCUACGGAAAGUAUCUCGUGGCAAGAUGACGAUCACUCCCUGAGUAGCUUCGUGGACUCGCGAACAGAUAAUUGGACUAAAAUUGCUGGUUUGCUUGAUGAAGAGAGUUUAAGACUUUGGAAACUCUGGGUGGAAGAGUUUGAGAAGCAAUGGCCACAAUUGGAGAAACAUGUCGGUUACCAAACAGUUCUUGUGGACUUCCCUCUAUGGGACACCGUUUCCAUCGAAGAGAAAGAUGAACAAAACCAAUCGGUGCAAUCUACUAUUCGAGUGCCCGCGCUUCCAAGCUUUGCGCUGCAAAAACUGCUUCAUACGAUAGCCACUAAUCUAAGUACGUUCAUACCGCAUACCAUACCGAAGAGCAUCUUGAUUGAAAUUGUAGAGAGAAUUGUCACUCGUUUGAGCAACCAUUACCGAAACCUGUCGACUCUUGAGUUUGUCCAGAAAAAUCAAAAUUCGGCUUUACAGUACUAUUUUGAUUUAAAAUUCGUUCAGCUUUUGUUCACCAGUCGCGAGAAGAAGCAGCACACGGAGGAACACAACCAGCUGAUCGACGUUUUCAAGGGUUACAUCGAUCCGUUCGACUUUGACGUUUUCCAUAUGCAUGUGACUGCAAACGUGAAGCGCGCAGUUCAAAGGAUGCAACACUUUUUCGGUGUACUGAUAGUAAACAGGGAUCACUUAAGCACAACGCUGAGUAGCAGCAGCACCGCCGGUGUAUCGGAUGCUGCUGCUGGUGGCAAAUUUAGUCAAGAUAAAAAUCCCAACAUUUUGGCUGUAAGCUCAAAUAGUUCCAGUGAGAUCUGGUUUCCGCUUUUGCCCAUUGUCACCAAGGAAACUUCCACGGUCAGAACAGCUGGGAUGGAACCGGUCGGCUUUGCCGAAACGUCAACUGCUAAGCCAUUGAAACUCCCACCUAAGGAAACCAACACAACCAGCAAACCGAAGGAACCGUUACCAUCAACAUCAUCAGCAUCAGCAUCAUCGUCGUCUGCCACCGCACAAAACUACGCUAAAGGAGCCGCUGCCUUCUUUGGCCUUGAUAAGGAUUGGUUCCGAUAAAUACAAUAAACUAGAUCGCAAUAUGUUUAUCAUUAGCAAAACAUCAGUUGUUUCGUAAAUUUGUUCAACUAAUUUAUUGAGUCUUAAAAUUAUUACACGAACUGUUGAAACACAUUUA